CUAUCUGUUUCGUCAAGUUGAAUUUUAUUCUAUAGUGUGCUGGAAUUUUAAGAUAUGUGUUUGAAAUGGAUAAAACUGGUUCUAUUCGAAAAAGACUGAUUAUCACGUAAUGUACAUUGUGAUAUAACAUGUGUUAAUAGGUUAUUAUAAUUGGUGUUGUAAAUGAUUGAUGUAACAAACCAGUGUUCAGCAAGAUGGACGAAUUGUCUAAGGGCAUGACACAAACAGGAAGCGCCGCUACAACUGAAGAAAUUGAACAUAAUAAUGGCUCUCCGUGGCCAGUAGUGUAUGUGAGCGAGUCGUGCCUGGAGUGCGAGCGCGUGCGCGCCGCGUGCGAGCGGCUGGGGCCGGUGCAGCCGGCGCCGGCGCCCGACGCGCUGCCGCAGUCGCCGCAGGCGCCGCAGCCCCUCUCCUACUUCGUCACCAAACCCUUCGAGGGAGAACUCUUCGAUGCAGCACAUAGAGCCAAAUACAGGGUCCUGGCCCCGACCGCGGUGCUUCAGCUCGCGGAGCGCGAGGAGCCGCCGCCGGCCAACGCGCGCCCGCUCUACUCGCUCGCAAUGCGCGGCGCGGUCAUAUGCUUUUCCGGCUUCCGGAAAAAGGAUGAACUCACGUACCUGAUAACGCUUAUACACUAUAUGGGAGGAUCGAUCCGCAAAGACAUGUCGAGCAAAGUGACGCACCUUAUCGCGGCGGCCGCGACGGGCGACAAGUACCGGUACGCGUCGGGCUUCGGGCUGCCCGUGCUGGCGCGCUCCUGGGUCGACGAGUGCUGGCGCCGCCGCGACGACCCGCAGUGCCUCGCUACGCAUGACGCCGUCAUAAAAGAACACAAACUGAAAGUGUUCGCGGGGGCGCGCGUGUGCUUCGUGGGGUUCCCCGAGGACGAGACGCAGCACAUGGGCGACGUGCUGGCCAGCAACGGCGGCGCCGCCUGCCCGCUCGACGACCCCGACUGCACGCACGUCGUAAUGGCCAAUGGGGAGACUUUCGGUCGUUCGCUUAUCCUAUCACCCCAACCCAGUACUCCUAACAUUUCGUCGAAACCCUCUCGCGCAUCACCCAACUCUCAGAGCACUCCGAAGAGCUCUAUUUACCGUAGACUUUCCGCGCGGCUGUCGGGGCGGCGCGCCAGCGGCACGCCCACCAAGCCCGGCGCCGAGCCGGGGGACGAGGCCGAGCGCCGCCUGCAGCUCGCGCGCGCGCAGCUGCGCGCCGGCCGCGACUGCCCCGACUGCAACACCGCCGCCGCGCACUCCACCCGCCACCACCGGCCACACCCUGACUCCGACACCUCGCCGCCUGCACACAACAAAGAGAACAAGCAUGCCUCGCUGACGAUACAAGGCGCUGUCAGAUUGAACGCCAAAGAUAAGAGAGAGGUCUUUAGAAAUAAGUCAAUUAACAUGUUUAAUCUCGUAGACUGCCUCACGGAGGCGGGGUCUCUGCAUUCUUCUCUUACAAAGAGUUUAUGUGAUUUAGAUUGUAAAGAAGAACCCGCUUUUUUACUUCCUAUUUCAACAGGAAGCAAAGAGUUGCAGCAAUCGACAACUACAAUCAGUUCUGGAAAAAAGAGAAGUCGAAAUUCUACAGAUUCAAGCUUUCAAGUGAGCCCUGUCGAUACCAACCUUUCUCCGGAUAAGUGCGAAGAUAGCCAUUGGAAAUCUAUUAAGAGGCUUAAAAUAAAAGAUUCAUUUAAGUUUAAAAAUAGACCUACAAUUUUCAAAAGAACAAAGAAAGAUUCAGUAUCCAAAACAACUGGCGACAUAACUAUAGAACCCGUAAGUCCGGACAGUGUAAAACCGACUGACCCUGCAGGUGAAUUCAUUGCGUCCACUUCAUCCCCCAUCAGAGAAGAUGAUAACACGUCGAUUUGUUCGAUAAACACUAGUAAGCAAUCUGGUUUCUUUGAUAUUUCUUUCGCAUCAAUACGCAGUUCCAAAACAGUUAAAUCAGCAUCAAAAUUACGCAGGAGCGUCAAGUCAUUCACUGCGUCUUUUAGAAGUGAGAGGAAAAAGAAAUAUGAGAAAAGGCCUGAAAGAAAUACUGUAGAAGUAAGUGCAUGUGACCUCGUUAAUUUUGUAUCGACACCAAAUAAAGAUAUUGACGACAUGAACUUAGAUAUAUCCCCUGUCCAAGUAGACACAAUAGACAGCACGGACAUGGCCAACCACGUUAAAAACGACGUGGAUGUCGACGAGCUAGAUGAAUCGGUUACAUUUAAAACGCCACAGAGUGUAGGGCUGCGCGCACACAGGCACUCCAUUUGUGGAGCACUCGACAUGCGCCCCGCGAGCGUCUCUUCCCAUGCAUCCUCCAACUCCGGGUUUGCGCCCUUAUCGGCUCCUGUUCCCGCUCCUGUUCCCGCGCCCGCUCUUGUUCCCUUCACAUCUCGACCCCUCCGCGACCAGCUGCCGCUCGCCUCGACGCCUCCCAUCCGUGACGUCCGCGCCAUAUCGCAAUGCCAUGGAAUAUCGUUGCCGGUGGUGGACGAGCACAACACAGCUGUCGCGCCGGAGUGUUCGCCGCGAGUGCACGUUGUCAAAGCUGAAUGGUUCUGGGCUUCAGUACAGAAUGAAGAAUCGCAGGAUGAAAGGGAUUACCUCUUCAAAGAUUACCUGGACGAAGUGUCUCGAAGGUCAUCUGUGGGAGGCGUGGCGGGCGCGAGCGGCGGCGCGGGCGGCGGCGCGGACGAGGUGGGCGGCGCGGCGGGCGCGGCGGGCAGCACGCCGGCGCACCUGCACCGCCAGCGCAAGCGCAAGCUGCGUGGCGGGGACGCCGCGCUGCAGAAGCGACGCUCGUCGCUCAGCGACACGGUGCUCAGCCUGUCCGGGAACAUGCUGCUAGACUACACGCCCUCACCUGACAGCAAACAGUUGUUAGAAGAAUCUGAAGUACCCGACAAUGUAGUUCGAAAACUAAUGUCCCCUAGGCAGCAAGUGUUUAUGGAACUCCUUCAAACAGAAUCCAAUUAUGUUGGGAUUUUACACACAAUUGUAACUAUGUUUAAACAACCUUUGGAAGACAUGGCUGAAGAGGACAACAGCAAUGGAAAAAUGGCAUUGCUUAACAAUACAGAACUAAAAAUUAUAUUUGGAAAUUUACCGCCCAUAUAUGAACUCCACCAAGGGAUGCUGGAGGAGCUGCGGUACACGCAGGCGCACUGGAGCGAGGAGGUGAGCAUCGGCCGCCUCAUGCUCAAGUACACGCCGGACAUGGUCAAGGCCUACCCGCCCUUCGUCAACUUCUUCGAAAACACCAAGGAAAUGCUGCAACAGUGCGACCGUGAGAACCCAAGAUUUCAUGCAUUCUUGAAAAUUUGUCAGACCAAACCAGAGUGUGGCAGGCAAAGUUUACAAGAACUUUUAAUAAGACCAGUUCAGCGAUUACCCAGUAUUAGGUUACUACUUGACGAUAUCCUUAAACACACGCACAAGAACAACCCGGACCACGGCGCGCUGGUGGCGGCGCUCGCGGGGCUGCGGGAGGUGAUGUCGCACAUCAACGAGGACAAGCGCAAGACGGAGGGCCAGCUGCAGAUGUUCGACAUCUACAACGACAUCGACCAGUGUCCGGCGCAUCUGGUAUCGUCACAUCGAUCGUUCAUAGCUCGCUGCGAAGUAGUCGAAUUAUCGAAAGAGCUUUCUGGUCGAGGUGACCAUCUCGUACUGUUUCUAUUUACCGACACGAUGGAAGUUUGCAAAAAACGAUCAAAAGCCUUCAACAGUAAGAGUCCGACGAACGGCACGAGUACAAUGCGAAUAGGCUCGAGCAAGCCGUACAGACACAUCUCCCUUAUGCCGCUGAGCACGGUAAAGCGAGUCGUCGACAUUCGAGAGGCAGAAGAUUGUCACAACGUGUUCGCGCUGAUGUGCCGCAGCAACCAGGAGCUGAAGGAGAAGCUGUACUCGUUCAUGAUCACGGACGACGCCGUGGACAAGUCGCACUUCCUGCGCCAGUUGUGCCGGCAGAUGGCCAACACUGUCUGCAAAGCUGACGCUGACAAGUUCCUGGCGACGCUGGAGUCGCACCAGCUCGACAUCGACACCAGCGACCUGGCCCUCAGCACGCUCUCCAAAGUCACCAAAUUCGCCGCGCGCACCAGGAUAAAGGUGGGCCGCGCGCUGUCGUUCAACAAGACGCCGUCGAAGCUGAAGCGCGCCAUGUCGUCCAUGAUCUCCCCGUUCGGGUCGCAGGCCAACCUCACGCCCGCCUCUCAGCUCGCGCAGAUGCGUCUCGCGAGCUGCAACAACAUCAACGAAAUGGGCACGAGCAGCGGCGCAGGCGGCGGCGGCGAUGGCGGCGGCGAGGUGCUGGUGGCGCCGCUGUCGGUCCAGCCGACGCGCAAGGCCGCGGCCAGCGCUGCGGCCGCCCUGCGGCGCUUCUGACGGCGCACCUCGCGCCGCGCCUGACUCGCAUCUGGCUCCGGCUUCUAAAUGUUAUUGAAUUUAGACUUGUUGAACUCGCGCCCGUACGGAAACCUGACGGCAGGCGAGACGCGAACUAAAUACCCCAGAACAUUACGAGUUUAAUCUGCCAUAUUAUAAUCUACGUGCAGCUAAAUGUAACUUAUAAUAUAAUACUACACAAGAGAUUAAUUUGAAGAAUGAAUUAGUGAAUUGCUAAUCAACCCUUCGGGAUGAUAAAACAACGCGAUUCAGUUUAGGACCUAAACUGAACUGUGUCGCGAUUUCCUACCACGACAUUGUUAUUGCGAUCAAAUUUCGACCGAGCGAGCGAUAAGCGUCCCAGCCGUUUCAUUCACUCAUCUCAAGUGUAUUUCGUACCAUGACAUGCCACUUGAGCCUAAACUGAAUCGCAGGAAUGUCAAAUUUAGCGGUUCAUAAAAAGUUACUCACUUACCGCAUUAUUCUG